AUGCAGGCUCCCAAGGAAGGUGUGUCGGCAGAAAAGGGAGAGGCCAUCCCUACUGCUCGUCAGUCGCUGUCGGAGACACCGUUCAUGGCGGAUCCGGCCGAGGUGGCGGCCCUCGAUAUUCCAGUGGAGUACGUCCGACGCAUUGAAGAUGCUCAACGGGUCUAUGGAAACCACUACAUGGAGCACCGUAUGUACACGAACGCGUGGAAUCAUGCUGUCAUGACAGUAGGCUUCCAGUGCUGCUGGCUUGGGGUCGGAGCAUGGAUCGUUAGCCGCAGUCUGCGCUACUCAGACCCCAUGAACUCUCUUGUUGCGAGGUGGGCGCAGCACUCAUGGGUGCGCCGCCUCACCACGCCCAUCUCGUGUUUGGGGGUGUUCAUCUUCACAGCAACGUGCACGCAACUGCCGUACGAUUUUCGGCUGCUGCGCGAGGCAUCCGCCGGUAUUGAGACGCAGAGAGCUCUCAUGAAGAGGGCGAUGGAUGCACGCCACGUGGCGUAUCAGGCAGGCAAGGUCGCCAAGGAGCAGCUGGAGGCGAGGGAGGCGGAGGCCUUUGCCAAGGACAUGAAACUGCAGUAG